UUCGAAAGUUCACCUAAACGAAUAAAGCUUAGGUAAACUUAAUCGGAAAAGCUUAACUGGUAAACGCGAUUAGUGAAAUUAAGAUCAUGCGCUAACUAUAAAAAAUCGCACUUGAUUCGUGGUAGCAAACCUAUUUAUAAAAAAAUAACUGUAUUUUCAUUUUGCAAGCAAACCUAUUUGUGGUAUGAUCCAUGGACAUGGAGCCAGUAAGAGCCAAGAUAGUAGCUUUGAAGAAGUGGAUUCUCAAGGUUUGCUAUUUCAAUUAUAGCUGCAUACCCCAAGUACAUCACAUCAGAUUUACUAACUAAGAUGGCACGUUACUCAAAUAAAACACCAUUCAAUGGAUCACUUUACAAAGUCUCAAUGCCUUGUCCAACUUCAAAAUCCACGCCUCUAAGGAGACACUAAACAAUUUGCUUUUAAUCCAAUCAAUUGAUUACAAGUAUUUAAUACAUGCUACAAAAACCUUGUAGAAUCCGGAAAAUUCAUGUUUUACUUUAUGUUUAAGAGAUAAAAAGACAACAAUGCAUACAAUGGGCAACAAUAUAUCAAAUGUGUUACAAUGUCAUCACCACAAGUUGAUGUUAAGACGCAAACUCUGAUCUAUAUGCAUUUUGUUUUUGUUUUCUCCGCCAACCUUGCCUACAAAUAUCACUCUUCUUCAUACUGUAACACUUCCCAGUGGCAACUUACACAAAACACACAUAAGAGUGAUCAUUAACAGUAUCCCAAAAAGAAUGGGUUCCCUCUCUUGUUUGUCAAGGCCAAUGGAGGAUGAUUUUCUUUCCAAUUAUGCAAUAGUUGCUGUGUUUUGUCCUACAAAACCAACAACCGACAAUAAAGGUAUUGUUCCUAACUCAAUGGAGCUCUUUAAUCCAUCCACCAACACAUGGAGCCAUGUGACCUCAAUUCCAGGACUAAUUGAAGGCCAAAUCUUGAAAGCCUUUUCCAUGGUCUCCUUAGGGGACUCUGUUUACAUAAUUGGUGGCCUAGUUUGCCACAAAGAAAGGGUUCAUGUGUCUGAUGACUCAGCUGAAUUGGUUGAUGUGGGUAUCCAUGUUUCACCAAAUGUCCUGCGUUACAACAUAACAACCAAUCAAUGGUUCCAUUGCGCGCCACUUGGCAUGCCAAGGUAUGAUUUUGCCUGCACCAUUUGCAAUAACAGAAUCUACGUGGCAGGGGGCAAAUCCAAGCUGGCGAGCGCACACGGGAUCUCGUCGGCUGAGGUGUAUGAUCCUAGUCUUGACACAUGGACACCUUUGCCUAGUAUGCAUAUUUUGAGAUAUAAAUGUGUAGGGGUGACAUGGCAAGGAAAAGUAUAUAUUAUUGGAGGGUUCACAAUGCCUAGCCUAGUGGAGCGUAGCUCUGCUGAGGUGUACGACACGCUGGCAAAAAAGUGGGACCUCGUGGCAGGGAUGUGGCAGUUGGAUGUGCCACCUAAUCAAAUCGUGGCGGUUAAUGACUCCCUUUUUAGCUCAGGGGAUUGCUUGAAUGCAUGGAAGGGACAUGUUGAGGCCUAUGAUGGGAAGCUUUGGAAUGAAGUUGAAGGGUCACAGAAACCAAGCCUUUCCACAUUGGAGACCAACUAUGAGGAUUGGCCUCAUAGCCAAAGAUCAUACCUAACUAUGGCCCCAAUAGGGACUCAAUUAUUUUUCUUGGCAGGGUACAAGACAGGUAAUGAUUAUGAUGAGACAGAAAGAUCGAUGUCCCUUGUCCACUUGUUUGAUACAACAAGGGGUGCAUGGAGGAGCCUUGAGCCUGUGGAAUUGGAGGGUGAGAAAGAGCUCUGUAGUCAUUGUUGUGUUGUGCAACUAUCAUAAACAUUUAUUUUUCUAAAAAGUAUGUUUAGAUCAAUGGUAAUCCAAAUCCAAUAAAGAUAUCAUACAGAAUAGUAGUGGCAUUAAUCAAUGCAUGCAUGACUUUUCGAUUAAGACACCCUGCAUUUUCCAAGGCAGCUGUCUUUGUUUGGAUUGAUUAUAAUGAUGGGGCAAAUCAAAACAAGAAAAGAUCUUGUACCAUGUUUUUAGA